AUGCAGCAACAUUUCACGCUGGUUCCGUUUUUGCUAGUUCAUCUCAUCUUAGCCGUCUUCCAAUACGAUGAUUCUCCGAUCCAGUAUGCACUGCUCAUUCUUAGGGAGCUCAUAUCGUGGACCCUCCCAUCAGCCGUAAUUGAUAUCCUUGAUCGCGAGGUUGAAGGAGCUCACGGGGAUCUAAUCGAGGCUGGCCGACUUGGGAGAGAUAUCUCCAGAGCACUGUGGGACAGAUUCUACAGACUGGAGGACUCGUUCCAUGCUUUGCAUGAAGAGACCAGGCUGUCGAGCAGGUACCCAUGGACCGACGCUUGGGCAAUGGUCCGUGGAAAAAGUAUGGCCAUCUACAGGUCUUUGUGGGAAGUUAGGGACUUCAGGCGCCAGGUCGUGACGUACAAUCGCCGGCACAGAUUCUAG